UUUCUGCUCAGGCCUGCAAGCUGGGUGCUUCACAGGGGGCUGUGGGCACUGAUGCUGGUCCUGUCUGUAGCCGUGUAUGGCUCUCACGCUCCCCUGUUAACCCUGUGCAAGGUGGAUGGGAAGAUCCCCUUCAGCUCCUCGUCUGUUGUGGUUCUUAUCGAGCUGACGAAGCUGGUGUUCUCCCUUCUGAUCAUGCUGAUCCGGGACCGAAAGCUGCUGGGAGUCACGGUGUCGUGCACUUACCAGGUCUUGAGUAACUUAAAGAUCGUCAGCACCGCUCUCCUCUACAGCUUCUUCCUGCGCCAAAGACUCUGCCUGCGCAAGUGGCUGGCUCUCCUCCUGCUGACAGCUGCUGGGGUGAGCUACAGCUGUGGAGGCCUGCAGGACCCCCACGAUCCCGGCAGCCCCUCCAAGAUGCAGCUGCAUGUCACGCCAGUGGGUCUGCUGCUCAUCUCUGUGUACUGCUUCAUAUCAGGCCUGUCUGCUGUCUACACAGAAGCUAUCCUGAAAGCCCAGGCUCUACCUCUCAGCCUCCAGAACCUCUUCCUUUACUUCUUUGGGGUCCUGCUCAAUGUGACUGGCCACUUCUGGAGCAGCACAGAGGCAAGUUUCCUGGAAGGCUUCUCCUCCUGGGUGCUGGUCAUCGUGGUCAGCCAGGCUUUGAAUGGCUUGAUCAUGUCUGUGGUCAUGAAGCACAGCAGUAACAUCACCAGGCUCUUUGUGAUCUCCUGCUCCAUCUUGGUCAACGCCCUCCUCUCCGUCACCCUCUUUGACCUGCAGCUCACCCUCUUCUUCUUCAUUGCUGUUGCAAGUAUCGCCCUUGCUGUUCACUUGUACUAUGGGGUCACGUAGCUGCUGCCUCCUGCCCUUCAUGCAGUACCAGGGCAGCCUUUAGUUGUUAUUUAGGGGUGUC